AGCUCAUUUUUUGUCAUAGAAGUUUUACAAAAUCAUGGAGAGUGGUGACUAGUGGUGAGAUUAUAAAAACAGGAACAUGUUUCAUCCCUGUCACAACAAAAGAAGCAAUCGCAAGCUAAAUGUGACAUUGACUAAUCCACAUAUUGUACCAGAAUUUUGUUGUCUUUCUUUUAAGGCUCCCCAUUCUAUUGCCCUCCUAAAAUUUUGUUGAGCUUAAGAAGUGCAAUAUACUCUUGUUGUUCUCACCCAUUAGCCAUUUUGUUAUUGUUGUCAUUCCAGCUAAACCCGUCGAUGGCCUUAAAUGUUUUUCUUAUAUAAAGCAUAUUGCUAGAGCUUGAUGAAGCUAACAGGGGAAAUCCUGAAAACCUGUUAGCAUGGCGAAAGUGAGAUUUCUUUGUUCGGCUCUUACCUAUCAUCAUCAUCAUCAUCAUCUUCUUCUUCUUUUGAUUUUGAUAAUUUUGAGCAUUGUUGCAUCUGGAGAAGAAACGAAGAAUUUUUAUAUUGUUUACUUGGGAGAUAGUCCAGGGAGCAACGACUCUGCAGUCCAAACCCACAUAGGCCUUCUCUCCUCUGUCAAGGGAAGUGAACAUGAUGCCAAAGAGUCCAUUGUUUACAGCUACACAAAGAGCUUCAAUGCCUUUGCAGCCAAGCUAUCCAAAGAUGAAGCCGAAAUGUUAAAGGAACUGGAUGAAGUGGCUUCUGUGUUUCCAAAUCGGUAUCACAAGGUACACACAACAAAAUCAUGGGACUUCAUUGGACUUCCUCUAACAGCUAGAAGAAACUUGAAGUUGGAGAGAAACAUUAUUGUGGGUCUACUUGAUACAGGUAUCACUCCUCAGUCAGAGAGCUUUAAGGAUGACGGACUUGGUCCACCACCCUCCAAAUGGAAUGGAACAUGCGGUCAUUUUGCAAAUUUCUCAGGAUGCAACAGAAAGAUUAUUGGGGCUAAAUACUUCAAGCUUGAUGGCAACCCCGACCCAGAUGACAUUUUAUCACCAAUAGAUGUGGAUGGUCAUGGCACCCACACCUCAUCAACACUAGCAGGUAACCUAGUUCGAAAUGCAAGUCUUUAUGGGCUAGCCAAAGGCACUGCUCGUGGUGCAGUGCCAUCAGCUAGGAUAGCCGUGUACAAAGUGUGCUGGGUCAGCUCAGGAUGUGCCGAUAUGGACAUUCUUGCUGCAUUGGACGAUGCUACUAGUGAUGGUGUGGAUGUUUUAUCAAUAUCUAUUGGUGGGGCGACCCAGGAUUAUGUGACAGAUUCCAUAUCAGUUGGUGCAUUUCAUGCCCUGAAGAAGGGAAUUAUUACUUUGGUUUCUGCUGGAAAUGAAGGUCCGAACUUGGGUUCUGUUUCUAACCAUUCCCCAUGGCUUCUUACUGUGGCAGCCAGUGGGAUUGACCGACAGUUUAGGAGCAUAGUCAAGUUGGGUAAUGGAGAAAGUUUCUCGGGAAUUGGGAUUGAUACAUUUAAGCCAAAGGAAAACUUUUACCCCAUUGUCAGCGGGGCUGAUGUUGCCAUGAACUCAGAAAGCAAGGAGAAUGCAAAGUUCUGUUAUGAUAACUCGUUGGAUCCCGGCAAGGUGAAGGGAAGGCUUGUUUACUGCAGACUAGGCCAAUGGGGUGCUGAUUCUGUUGUUAAAGGAAUUGGAGGAAUAGGCACUAUUGUUGGAAGUGAGCAAUUCCUUGACACUGCUCAAAUUUUUAUGGCUCCAGCGACCAUGGUGAAUGUAACACUUGGAGAAACUAUAGAAAAAUAUAUACAUUCUACAAGAUCACCUUCAGCAGUCAUAUACCGGUCCCAGGAAGUCAAAGUUUCUGCUCCAUUUGCUGCUUCCUUUUCAUCUCGGGGUCCAAAUCCAGGCUCACAGCAUCUUCUCAAGCCUGAUAUUGCAGCCCCUGGCGUUGACAUCUUGGCGGCCUACACCCUUCUGAAGUCACUCACUGGGCAAAAAGGUGACACCCAGUAUUCAAAGUUCACUCUCAUGUCUGGCACUUCCAUGGCCUGCCCACAUGCUGCCGGUGUUGCAGCCUAUGUAAAAUCAUUUCACCCUACUUGGUCACCAGCCGCGAUCAAAUCUGCAAUCAUGACCACAGCAAAACCAAUGAGCCGAAGGGUGAACAAGGAUGCUGAAUUUGCCUACGGAGCUGGUCAAUUGAAUCCUGCCAGAGCCCUAAACCCUGGCCUUGUCUAUGACAUGGAUGAGAUGUCUUAUAUACAGUUCCUAUGCCAUGAAGGCUACAGUGGAUCAUCUAUAGCACAUUUAGUUGGUACAAAAUCCAUAAACUGCUCCUCAUUUCUUCCUGGAUUCGGCUAUGAUGCUCUUAACUACCCAUCAAUGCAGCUUAAUAUGGAAAAUGGCCAACAGCCAACUGUAGGUGUUUUCCGGAGAAGAGUGACCAAUGUAGGUCCUCCAUCUGUGUACAAUGCCACCAUUAAGGCUCCAAAAGGAGUGCAAAUCACGGUUAAGCCCACAAGUCUCUUCUUCACUCGUCACUUGCAGAAGCGGAGUUUUAAGGUUGUGGUGAAGGCAAAACCCGUGGCAAGCACUACAUUUACGGUGCUAUCAGCUUCACUUGUAUGGAAAAGCACUCGCCACAUUGUGAGAAGUCCUAUUGUUAUUUACAGUCUUCAAGACUAAUCGUACAUAUGAUUUAUGUGAAAGAAUCAGCAGAAGCAAGCGUAAAAACAAUUAAUAAAGGGAAAGGCAGUCUUAUAUAUUGUAAUAAUUUUUUAUAAUUUGUUUGCAUACUUUUGCUUGUAUCUUAAGUUUCAACUUAGAAUUUUCAAGGAUGUCAAAAAUCUAAACUUUUAUCAUUUAAAUGACUA